AUGGCCACUGCUGUGUUUCACCAAGCCGUGGGGACUGCACAAUCUCAUCAACACCUCCAGAACUCUGGAUUUUAUCAUGAGUUUGGCAAUUCUUCGGUGAAACUGAUAACUAAAGGUUUUAAAGUCGACACUGGGCUGUCAAGAAGAGGGAAUUAUAGUUCUUGUAAGAGGACUUUUAAUGUUACUCAAGCCUCGGCUUCUCAAACUUCAGUGGUUCAACCAGUUUCAUAUCCCCCAAAUAACAGCACCGAUGAGUUGCGAAAGAAAUCAAGCGAAGCAGCUUUGAUACUGAUUAGGCAUGGUGAGUCACUAUGGAAUGAAAAGAACCUCUUCACAGGCUGUGUUGAUGUGCCAUUGACAAAGAAGGGUGUGGAGGAGGCAAUUGAAGCUGGUAAGAGAAUCAGCAACAUACCCGUCGACAUGAUAUAUACAUCAGCCUUGAUACGUGCACAGAUGACUGCUAUGCUUGCCAUGACUCAGCACCGUCGCAAAAAGGUUCCUAUAAUUUUACAUAAUGAGAGUGAACAGGCAAGGGAAUGGAGUCAAAUUUUUAGUGAAGAUACGAAAAAGCAAUCCAUCCCAGUUGUAACAGCUUGGCAAUUAAAUGAAAGAAUGUAUGGGGAAUUGCAGGGUCUUAAUAAGCAGGAAACAGCAGAUAGGUUUGGGAAGGAAAAGGUUCAUGAGUGGCGGAGGAGUUAUGACAUACCUCCACCCAAUGGCGAGAGUUUGGAAAUGUGUGCUGAAAGAGCAGUUGCUUAUUUCAAAGAUCAUAUCGAACCACAACUUCUAUCUGGGAAGAAUGUGAUGAUUGCUGCCCAUGGGAAUUCACUGAGGUCCAUAAUCAUGUACCUUGACAAAUUAACUUCACAGGAGGUUAUCAACUUAGAAUUAUCAACUGGAAUACCAAUGCUAUACAUAUUCAAAGGGGGGAAUUCAUUAGGAGGGGAAGUCCUGCAGGACCUACUGAGGCUGGUGUGUAUGCAUAUACUAGGAGUUUAG